UCAGAGCUAUUGAAUUCACCCACUUUACGGGGAACCUUGAACGCGUCCAAAUCACAGCGUCUUGGAAGUCUGGUGUGUCCCGGGACUGUGGUCGUGUUUGUGGUCACAGGACAGAGAUGUCUGGCUUUACAGUCCGGAAGUAUCAGGACGAGGAUGCAGAAGCUGUAAAGGAGAUCUUCACUCUGGGAAUGAGCGAGCAUGUGCCCUCAUCGUUCAUGCACGUGCUGAAGCAACCGCUGACCCAGAUGGUGCUGAUGUGCACCUUCUGCGCCCUCCUCACCAGCUCCAAGUCCUUUCUGCUGCCAGUCUUGGCGCUGACCCUGGUCCUGGCAGGCUGUCGCCAGUUUGUCGUCUACUCCUUCCACAGGUACAUUGAAACCUCCCUGGCCAAAGACCUGAGCAACAUCACGGAGGUCUACCUGCAGCAGAAGGACUCGUGCUUCUGGGUGGCGGAGAGCGAGGGUCGUGUGGUCGGCACCGUGGCGUGUCUUCCGAGCGAGAACGCGCCUGAGUGUUUGGAACUGAAGCGCAUGUCUGUACGACGCAGCCACCGCGGACGAGGGAUUGCCAAGGCCAUGUGUGGGACAGUGGCCGAGUUCACUCGGGACAGGGGGUAUGCUGCUGUGGUCCUGUACACGUCUGUGGUCCAGACCGAUGCACAGAAGCUGUAUGAGCAUUCUGGCUAUGAGCGGUGCAGAGAGUUCUGUGUCCCCGAACUCGCUGCCAGGAUCAUGAACUUCACUCUGAUCGAGUACAAGCUCCAGUUGCAUCGAUGCUGAGCUGAGCAAGUCUAGAAGGGGAACUGACAUUCCACAAUAGUUGUCGUCUUAACAGGCUGUCACCCAAAUAAGCUGUAAAUACAUCCUUAGUUUGGAUUCCAAUGUGAUGAACUGACUACUGUUGUUGCACUGUAUAUUUCCUGAUGCCAAACAAUUCAUCCUAUUUUUCUCUUUGUCUGUUUUGGCACUGUCAUUUACAUGUUCUUGUAAAACAGACAAAAAGCUUUGGUUGCAGUUACAGUUUUUUUAAACCUGUAAUCCAUAUUUAUUCUGCUCCAUUCUUGCAUAGAAAGACAACACAGAUGACAGGAGAGAAAUCUUUUUCAUGCGUACUUUGCUCAAUUGUCCGCAGGUAAUUCAGUAUUAACAGUGACUGAUGGGAGUUUGUUCAUAACCUGCUCACUGAGUACAAUGACCGUUUCCCUUCAUAUGUCUAGUCUUUCCCCGAAAGUGUGGCGAUGCAACAUGCAGCGAUAAGAAAUUAAGAUUGUUUCAUUAAUUCAAUUUCAAAUGAUUGCUAUUGCAGUGAAUGAUUUAAGCAACAUGUUCUCAUAUCCUCAGGGAUACAAUUAUUUAUACCUCAAUUGAAUCUAAUCAUGUAUAUUUUUAAUAAACAAU